AUGAUUUCGAUUUCGAUUGUCAUCCUCUUAGAUCAAAGAACGCAUUUCCCCCCAAGUCCCUAUUUCAACACCAAUGCAUCAUCAUCCACUCACCCCAAAAUCCACCCUCUCGAUUUACCGCCUUCCCCCAAGGACCAAUUUCCAAAACAUCAGGUGGUCGAUAAAGAAUUCGCAAACAUGCAUCCACGUCUGCCUUCACUUGCUUCAGCGAUUGGAUCAACUGUUAUGCAUUCUGGCGGUAUCAAUAUUCGCUCCUUGCUCUCUCCACCCGAAUCUCCCGACAAGGAAACCUCCUUUGAAGAACAAUCUCACGCUUGUUCUCGUCGGCAUCAUAAUCAUAAUCACCAUGACAACUGUGUCCGAGCACCCUCGACCAUCCAUCGAUCACCCCCGACCAUCCAUCGAUCACCCCCGACCAUCCAUCGAUCACCCCCAACACCAUCCACGAUGUAUCAAAACUUACCAUAUCCCACCUAUUCCCAACAACAAGAACACGGAUAUUCACGGAAUCGAGAUUGUGAUGAUUACUCGACUUCCCAUAGCGUCCUUCAAUCUACGCUCACACCACCCGAGCACAGAUCAACAUCCUCUGUAACCACUGCGCCUGCCACAUCCACACCACACCAAGAAAUUCCGGUAUCACUUGUCGGUGGCGGAUCGGACAGAGCGAGAGCAACCUCGCCGAAUGAUAACAUGUCCACCUCAAAUUGUGAGGUACUUAAAAAGCAAGUGGAAAUAAAAGAUGAAAUCAUAAGGUCCAAAGAAGAAAAAAUUUCACGCCUGCAGGAAUCGUUAAUCAAAAUUCAACAGGAAUUGAUCAAGGUGUUGAAGGUGAAGAAUGGAAAUAGUGGCGACCAAAUGGGCUCACCAUCAUCCCAAAUUCCUGCUUCAAUCAUUCCAAUAAGCAUCGAUGAUACUACCACUUCGCGAUCCUUAAUUGAUAUAGAAAAUAGUGAAAGUGAAUCGGAAUGGUAUCAACCAAGUUUGAGGAGAGAAUUCCGGGUGUAUAUUGGGCACGUGACUGACAUCACAAAGCAAAGACUGAAGAGGGAGCUGGAAGAAAAUUUCGGGCAAGUGGUCGAAGUCGAAAAGAUAAUAAAUAAGAAUUGUGCGUUCGCAACAUUCGCAACGCGAGAAUCAUACAACAUGGCCAUCAAUCGAGGUAUCAUAUAUGUGGAUGGUCAUGAUUGUUGCAUUGAACAACCAAGACCUAGAAAUAAUGAGGAUUUUGAAAAUAAAGGGAGGAGGAGACGUAAAGGAUGA